UUUCCAUUCUUAAAAGGCAGGGUCCUCACAUAGCGUUUGCCAUCUCGAACGGUGAGCUGUCCAUCAGAAGUGAAGUUUUGACGAGCACUAACUGAACUAAUACUUAUCGGGAGCUUGUCUCUUUACGGAGUCAAAAUCUAGAGUUGAAGGCAGCGGGAGACCAUGGACGUGGGCCGGGUGUUACUGUGCCUGUUCUCGGUGCUGGUGUCUGAGAAGUUCCUGGUGGCCGCGUUCUCCCAGAGCCUGGACAGCGACUUCACAUUCACACUCCCCGCUGGACGAAAGGAGUGCUUCUUCCAGACAAUGAAGAAGGACGCGUCGCUGGAGAUAGAAUAUCAGGUGUUGGACGGAGCAGGUCUGGAUGUUGACUUCUCCCUGUUCUCUCCUACUGGACACGUUCUGUACAGCGACCACCGCAAGUCAGACGGAGUACACACUGUAGAGACGGAGGAUGGAGACUACAUGUUUUGUUUUGACAACUCGUUUUCUGCGGUGUCGGAAAAGAUAAUCUUCUUUGAGCUUCUCAUGGACAACAUGGAACAGGAAGGGGAGGAGCCAGAGGACUGGAAGGAGUACGUCCAUGGGACCGACAUGUUGGACAUGAAGCUGGAGGACAUCAUGGACACCAUUAACAGUGUUAAAGCCCGGCUGGGGAAGAGCCUUCAGAUACAGACGGUGCUCAAAGCAUUCGAGGCUCGUGACCGCAAUCUCCAGGAGUCCAACUACGACCGGGUCAACAUGUGGUCCAUGACCAACCUGCUGGUGAUGAUGCUGGUGACGGGAGUGCAGGUCUACCUCAUCCGUGCGCUGUUUGACGACAAGAGACACACGCACAUGUAACAUCCCGCCCACUGGGAAGGGCCAGGGAGAGACUGACAGCUCUGUCUACACCAGCCAGCCAAUAGCGAGCAGGACUGGUGGUGAAAAUGAGAUUGUAACUCAUAGGUUUCACACGCGCAUGUAACACUCACACACAGAACAGUUUGUGGUCAUACGCACAUCCUUAAAAACAUAGGUGCUGGGCUAAUAAAGAAUACUAGUAUAGAACAAGAAGGCCCGCACACUGUUAAAGCUCCCAAUUCACCACUUUAUUGACAACGUUUCGAUCCGAAACUGAUCUUCGUCAGGUCACACACUCAUACAUUACGUCACACAUCCUUACAGACCCAAAUGCCCUACACGUCCAGUCUCUUCCUCUGCUUUGUUCUACUCUGUCUAGCUGCUGUUGGUCAGAGGGUCUGUGUUGGUAUCUGCUCUGUCUAUCUAAUAAUCAGUGGAGGGUGAGACACUAGCCAGACCUUCAGUCAUUGGUGUUUAAAAGCGAGCGUAAACGAACAAGUGUUUAUCAUUAAUAUGGUAACGUGACCUCAACUAUUUCUUCCAGACACAGUUGUGUGACUGUCUUGUCUCUGUGUUACAUCUUUCGAUGUCUUUCAGUAUAUGACCCGUGAGUCAUGUUGCGAAACACUUUAUUGUAGAGUAGGUUAUUGAUACGCCUUAUAGAUUCUGAUUUAGCUGUCUGUGCCAAACUGCCAGAACUGUGGCCUUCCAAACACUGGCUGGAGUGGACAGCAACACUGGGGCAGAACACACACACACCCUUUCACUCUCUAACUCUCUUUCAAGAACACACACUCAUUCACACACACACAAUCUCUUACUCACAAACACUCAAUAGAAAACUGCUGCUGUCUGCCAGUUCCCCUGCUGUCUGCCAGUUCCAGCGAAUGGAGAAGUGGAGUAGGGGAAAGGGAAUGGUUCCAUCUGUAACCCUCUAAAUCCCUGCUGUUCUCUUCUACUCCCUCCUUUCAGUUCUCCUAUAACUCUGUCCUGAUGGUCUAAUGUCAGACUUAGUGGCGACAGGAGAGUCGGGUUUCAGUCAUGCAGGCAGAAGCGAUAUGGAGCCUGCCCUGCCCCUUUCUCUCUAUCUAACACACAGCUGUGUCACCACAGCAAUCACACUCUGCACCUGGGGGGUAAGCGAGGCAGGGAAGGUUGCGGGAAAAGGGUUGCGGGGGACUGAAGGAGGUGGGAGUGGUUCGGAAAUCGUCUAAUUUACUGUUAUUUAGCUUUAUUUUAUUGUUUUGUAGCUCUGUCAUAUACGCACUUGGACAAACAUACACGUGGUUGAUGUACUAAAAUAUGUGCCAACAUCUUGGAGCAGCUGACAAGUUUGAUCUGAUUUUUCUCUCAAAAUGCUCUAUGUUACGAAAUAGUUUUUCUAUAAAUACUCGCUGUGUUGAUGAGUAACACCACACCGCCAUCUUUUGGCUGGACACCAAGCUGCUCACGCAAAACAAAACAUUACUAGCUCAGGUGAGCUAGGACUGAGGGGUAUACUACAAAGCAGGCUCAAUGAAUUAGCCAGGUAACUUUGAUAAAUAACCAGAAAUAACUAUUGGUUUUCUGGUUCAUUUAAGAAAGCUAAACUUCGAUAUGUGUUUUGGAUUGUUGAGUCAAUUAGACCAUGCCCAUUUCAAGCAUAUCUUUCAAAAAAUAAGUUUUUUCUGAAUAUUCAGGCAAGUUAGCUGGAUAAUUCAUUUAACCUGCUUUGUAGUAAACCCCUCUGGCUUUCAAUCUAUCCCUGCUUUUAGAUAUUAAAUAAGCAAUGCUACAGUGACGCAGUAUCCACUCUCUUUCUCCUCUUUUACACUGGGGGAAUAACUUACUAAAAGAUAACAGGGCAUAGUUCGAGGGGUCUUGCACUGUGCCAUUAUGAGGCCCCCCCCGUCCGUCCGUCUCAGUUACAGCUACUCUAAGCCUAUUACAAUGGGUUGUAUUGCCACGGUCUGUCUCUGCCCACCAUUUUGUGUCAAAGUAUUUUAGCUGAUGCUCAGGCAAGCAUCACCAUGGGAGAUUUAAUCAAUAAAAUGAAAUGUUGAA